GAUUCCCCUUUUAGCGCCCAACUGUCUCUGCACCGUUCGUCCCUUCCCGAUGCCAUGGCUUCUUCCUCUCCGCAAUCUUCCCUUCGCAAGACAAUGCGCAUGAUCUUCAUCCUCUUAUCUAUUUUUGAUCUUCAAGUCUUUGCUUGGAAUUCCCCGUUUCAACCUCAUGACGUGCUUCCUCUUUUGCCCAGACAGGUCUCUUGGCCUAUCCUUUACUCUUUACACAGUGCCGUCGAUCUUCUUCCCUCCUUCGUCGGCGCUGCUUCGUCUCCAAAUGACUCCAUGGAAUGGAAGGGCGCGUGCUUCUACAACAACACCGCCUGGUUGGAGUUUCACAACAAAAGCGGCAGCGAAUUUGGUGGCGGAACCUUGCAUUUGAAGGUAAGCAAUGCUCAUAGUUGGACAUGCAUGGACAUUUAUGUCUUUGCUACUCCAUAUCGUGUGACAUGGGACUAUUAUUUCCUGUCUCGGGAGCACACAUUGGAUUUCAAAGAGUGGGAGGGGAAAGCUGAGUAUGAGUAUGUUAAACGCAAGGGGGUAUCAAUUUUCCUCAUGAAAGCCGGGAUGCUGGGAACCCUUCAAGCACUGUGGGAUGUCUUCCCCUUGUUUACAAAUACUGGAUGGGGGGAGAACUCCAAUCUUGGAUUUUUAAAGAAGCACAUGGGAGCUUCUUUUGAAGCACGUCCUCAACCAUGGGUUACUAAUAUCACUGUCGAUGACAUUCAUUCUGGAGAUUUCCUUGCCAUUUCAAAAAUUCGAGGUCGCUGGGGUGGGUUUGAGACUCUUGAGAAAUGGGUCAGUGGAGCAUAUGCUGGUCACACUGCUGUUUGCUUAAGGGAUUCUGAUGGAAAGCUAUGGGUUGGUGAAUCAGGACAUGAGAAUGAACAGGGGGAAGAUAUUAUUGCUAUGUUGCCUUGGGAAGAAUGGUGGGACUUUGAACUGAAUGAAGAUAACUCUAACCCCCACAUUGCUUUGCUUCCCUUACACCCUGAUAUUCGAGCAAAGUUUAAUGAGACUGCUGCAUGGGAGUAUGCAAGGACCAUGGUUGGCCAACCUUAUGGUUACCAUAACAUGAUUUUCAGCUGGAUAGAUACUUUAAGUGCAAACUAUCCACCUCCUCUGGAUGCUCAUGUGGUUGCUUCUGUUAUGACUGUUUGGAAUCAUCUGCAACCUGAUUAUGCUGCUAAUAUGUGGAGUGAAGCAUUGAACAAACGACUUGGAACCAAGGGACUUACCCUUCCUGAAAUUUUAGUAGAAGCUGAAAAGCGCAGGUCAUCUUUUGAUGAACUACUGACAAUUCCAGAACAAGAUGAUUGGGUCUACAGCGAUGGGAAGUCGGCUUCUUGUGUUGCUCUUGUUCUUCAGAUGUACAAGGCAGCAGGAUUGUUUGGACCAAUUGCUAGCUCGAUUCAAGUCACAGAAUUUACGAUAAAAGAUGCUUACAUGCUCAAUUUUUUUGAGAACAAUUCAAGUCGCUUGCCAAAAUGGUGCAAUGAUGGAGACACUGUGAAGCUCCCGUAUUGUCAGAUUAAAGGGAAGUAUCGAAUGGAGUUACCUGGGUACAACACCAUGCAGCCAUAUUCUCAUAUGAACGAAAGGUGCCCAUCUCUGCCUCCAGACUACUCCAGAUCAACGAAUUGCUAGAAUUCUUUUUAUCCUACUAGGGGUGAUUGCUUCUUUAGAUUGUGUUAGAUACUUGGUUGUUUAGGAAUUGACAUUUGAAUUUAUGAUAUUAUUAUAGACAUAUGAUGAAAGAGAAGUGACAUCAAUUCAAGUGUAUAUAUUCUUACCACUUGUAUUAGAUGAAUGUAUGUAACUGGGAUAAUCUUCAUAGUUACAUUGAUUAUAAUGUAAAUAGAUGGGAGCUUCAAAUCCGAAUCAUA